AUGAAGCCGAGUGGUAACCCGCCCAGCCUGAACAUCGGAUCCUCUUUCGCCACCUCGUCAACCGCUCGCCCGGCCGCCACCUUCCGUUCUCGGCCGUUCUUUGCAACCCCUUCCAAAUCCCCCUCCUUCUCGCUCCCCUCAUUCCCCUCCUGGUCCCCCUCCUACUCACGGUUACUCUGGCCCUUCACCUCCUCCCCUCGCGCCUCCUUCCAUCCCGCGUCCCACUCCUCCUUCCCCUCGCGACCCUCUCACUCCUCCCCUUCGUCCCUCCCCUUCCGCCUCCCCUUCCCCCUCCCCUUCUCCUUCUCCCCGCGUUCCAUCUCCCUUCCGAAGCUUCUCCUCGCCCUUAUCCUCUUCUCCCUCUUCCUUCUCCUCGCUCCUCUCCCCAAAUGGCCCAAACGCUUCCACUCCCCUUUCUCCGUCAUCCCCCCUCCCCCGGACGGUCUCUCCUUCCUCCCCUCGCGCUGCCCGCCCGCCUGCUCGCGCCACGGCUCCUGCAAUGAGGAGGCGGGUAGAUGCGACUGUUUACCCGGGUACACGGGGGUGGACUGCACGGAGUUGGGGUUACCCUCGUGCCAGUACGCGUGGGGAGUGGAGAUGCCGUGCUUCCUGCCCUCUUCCUGUGACUGUGCUCUCGAGUGCGAGCGCUUCUUUCUGCCCCACGACGAGUACUGCUUUCCCAAUAACGGUAUGGACCCUUUGGAAGGAGCGAACUAUCGGAGCCAUCAUAACACGCAUGCCGCUGCGCCUGCAGACUCUCCCAGCUCUCUCCACCCUGCAUUCCCCGACACCCUUCCCCUCGUGCCCCGCCCUCCAUCCCUCUCCCUCGCUCUGUCCCCAUCUCCAGGGACCCUUUGGAAGGAGCGAACUAUCGGAGCCAUCAUAACGCGCAUGCCGCUGCGCCUGCAGACGGACGGCAAUGGCACUGAAACCGGGCCCCGAGAACCCUUCAGUAUAAGCACACCCACCAACACCCAUACCGGCAGCAGCAGCAGCAACGGCGCUUCCAGCAACCAGGGAUCAUCAAAAGCAUCACAGGCAGCAGCUGCUGCAGUAGCUGCAGCGGCGGUUACAGCGUCGCCGCUGCUGUUCCCCUCCACGCCCCUCCCGCCGCACCCCUUCCCGUGGCUCGUGCCCCUUAACAACUGCCCCAACUACUGCUCCGGUCGCGGCCUCUGUGACGCCACGUACUGGGAGUGCAGGUGCCCCUGGUACCACGAUGGCAGUGCAUGUGAGGACGAGAGCUUCUCAGUGGCGUGUCUCAACGACUGCUCGCAGCGGGGCGACUGUGAGGGCGGCGUGUGUCAGUGCCAGGCAGGCUUCUUUGGUGCCGACUGCUCGCUCUACUACAAUGAGGAGCUGCGCCUGAGGAGGCUCCCCGGGUCACCCUUUCCCUGGGCCGACCUACCAGAGAGUGACACGUUCGCAAUGCAGCACUCGCCCUACAUCGACCACCCCGAGGCCCUCUGGUUCUGGGAGCGCCUGCUGGCCAGCCGCCACCGCACCAUCGACCCAAGGGAAGCUGAUUACUUCUAUGUGCCUCUCCUCAUCCGGUACGUUCUGCUGGGUGCACUAGCUCUCCAGGUGCUAAGUGCGGUGGCUCCAGGUGCCCUCUGGUUCUGGGAGCGCCUGCUAGCCAGCUGUCACCCCACCAUCGACCCGCGUGAAGCUGACUUCUUCUACGUGCCUCCCCUCAUCCGCAACCGAGACAGUGGCAAGCAGCGGCUCAUCUCAGAAACCAUCGCCUUCAUCCGCUCCCUGGGCCCCUUCUGGGACGCCAAGGGCGGGGCAGACCACAUCUUCCUGGUCAGUGAGGAGUACGGCAAAAACCGAGACAGUGGCAAGCAACGUCUGAUAUCAGAAACGAUCGCCUUCAUCCGCUCCCUGGGCCCCUUCUGGGACGCCAAGGGCGGGGCAGACCACAUUUUCCUAGUAAGUGAGGAGUACGGCAAGUGCGCCCUGCAGCUCCACGGGCUGGAGGACCCGCGGCUAGCGUCCGCAAUCACCCUCACUCCCUGGGGGUACACUCGCAACAUGCUCGGCACCGCAGACGGCGGGCCGUGCUUCCGGCCCGGGCAGGACAUAGUGAUUCCGCCCUCAGCGCAUCUGAGGUUCCUGCAGAAUGCGAGUAUGGUCAGGGAGGCUGGGGGGCUGCCAGGACUGGUGAGGGAGGGAGGUGCGGAUGGGGAGGGAGAGGUGCAGCAACAGGGGCAGGAGCAGGAGGGGCAGCAGCAGCAGCAGCAGCAGCAGGAGGGGAGUGGUGGGCAGGGGCAGGUGGGGAGGGAGCGGCAGUACCUUCUGUUCGUGCGAGGGCUGAAUGUGAGUGAUGGCAGCAGCGGGUGGGACGAGGAGGCACACCAGCAGGAGCAGGGGGGGCAGCAGCAGGGAGAUAAGAGGCAACAGGGAGGCAACAAGGAGCAGGGGGAGCAGCAGCAGCAGCAGCAGCAGCAGCAGCAGGGAGAGAAGAGGCAGCAGGGGCAUCCACCGUUCAGCUUUGGCGUGCGGCAGCGGGUGUUUGAGCUGUACGCGGGGCGGGACGAGGAGACGGGCUUUAAGGUGGAGGUGGUACCGGAGGGCGGCGAGGAGCUGGCGUACGGCGGCAUGGAGCAGAGCGUGUUCUGCCUCGCCACUGCAGGCCACGGCUGGCAUGCGUCACUGGCAAUGGCUGUUAUCGCAGGCUGUGUGCCCAUCGUCAUUCAGCCGGAUGUGCUGCUUCCUUUCGAAGGAGACGGAGUGGACUGGAGUCUCGUCUCGUACCGCCUCAACAUCCGCGACAUCCCCCAGCUGCACGAGCGGCUGCAGGCAAUCCCGCCAGAAGACAUCGAACUCAAGCAGAAGCGCCUGCGACAGCUAUGGCCUCUGUUCAUCUGGUCAGCUCCGCAGUUCAAUCCGGUGGACUUUCUGCCCGAAGAGUUUGCGCAACUGCGCGUUCUUCCAGAAAUGGCCGGCCUACUUUCCUCAUCCAUGCAGGGAGCUCUCCUGAAGCUGCCUGCAGCAGCUCCCAUUUCCGCUCCCCCAUCUCGCACGCUCACCGCCGUAGUGGCUCACACCGGCGCAUUUCCCUCGAGGAGACAGACGGCAGCCAGCAGAAGACCGAUGUCGACGCUGCUGCGCGCCUCGGAGCUGACGGCGAUCGACACCUUUACGUCGGAACUGGAAGAGCUGGAGGGAAUGGUCGACGGAGAGUACGAGGAGGUACCAGUGCACACGGUGACGGUGCACGACCGGGAACGAGGAGUCACGUACACGGUCGACGUGCCUCAGGACCAAUACAUUCUUCAAACCGCGGAGGAGGAAGGCAUCAAGCUGCCAUUUGCAUGCCGGCACGGCUGCUGCACAGCCUGUGCCGUCCGGGUUAUUUCAGGCGAGCUGGUUCAACCACGUGCGCUUGGCAUUUCACAAGAGCUCAAGGAGAAGGGUUAUGCACUGCUGUGUGUGGGGAUUCCCCUUUCUGACCUUGAGGUGGAGACACAGGACGAGGAUGAAGUGUACUGGCAGCAGUUCGGCAAGUACUUUGCACGAGGUCCAAUCGAGCGUGAUGAUUAUGCUCUGGAGCUUGCAAUGCAAGACGAGUAA